ACUCUCUGUUCACACCGAAAGCCAUUCGUUGUGUGUUUUUGUGGUAUUUCUUCAGUUUUACGACACUUUUUCUCAACAAAUAUAUAGUUUCCUAUGAAAUGGGAGACACAACUAUGUUAGGACUGAUAGCCUUGUGGUUCGUUGAGGUGUCGUUCGCCGAAACCGUGAAGAGUUCUGCGCCCGUCUUCACAGUACUCAUCGCACGAGUAGUUUUAGGCGAAAAGACAUCUCUUUUAGUCAAUCUAUCAUUGAUUCCUGUGAUGAGUGGUCUCGCGCUCUGUUCCGCGUUUGAACUCAGAUUUACAUUAAUUGGUUUAAUGGCUUCGUUAGCCACCAAUCUAUCGGAAUGUUUGCAAAAUGUAUUUUCCAAGAGAUUGUUGAAUGUGGAGAAGUACGAGCCCUUACACCUCCAGUUUUAUACCAGUCUGUCAUCGAUUGUGGUUCAGAUCCCAUGUGUGCUAAUUCUGGUCGAUUUGCCACACUUUUUGCAUUCCCUUCAAACCGAGAAGAAUUUACUUUUGACUUAUAUAUUGGCCGGCCUUUCAUUCCACUGUCAAAGUUAUACAGAAUAUAUCCUUCUCAAUAUGAUAUCUCCCGUAACGCACAGUGUGGCCAACACUGCGAAGAGAGCUUUCCUCAUAUGGCUAUCAGUUAUCAUAUUUGGAAAUGCAGUCACGACUCAGAGUUGGAUCGGAACUGCUUUUGUGAUAUCCGGAGUCUUCGUCUACAACAAAGCCCGACACUAUUCGUCCACUAAAAGUAUUUCUGAUCUCAAUUAUAACCCUUUAAUACAGACCGAAACUCACACCGUCUGACUUGACUAGUAUUUAAUUAAUUUAUUCGCAUUUUUUAAGUCACUAUUUAUAACAAGUCAUAAUAUUUUCACCUAUUGUUUCGAUUAUAUUGAAUUGUAUUUUGAGAUUACAAUCAUUAUUAAUGAUUAUAAACUCUUAUAAAAACGGUUAAGUUUUUAAUUUAAUUAUUAAAAGUUAAAGCAAUCUCCGAUCAAAGAGAAAUUCAAUCAAUACAUACAACGUGUAAAAUAUGUGACCG